UUGACAUGUUUGGCUGGCUAUGAAAAAAAAUGAUCCUGAAAGUAAACUUGGCAUGACGCUCUUCUAAGGAAUUUCAGACACUGGUCGCUGUAUUUUAGUGUGCCAGAAUAACCUUUUGUCAACUCCUGACAUCCGUCUGGUAUGCCAUAGAAGGGUCGAGUUUUCAACUAAGAUACCUUUGAUCAUCUUGUCUGGAAAGAAUUCGUCUGAAAUAAAACGCCAAAAUGAAUUCGGACGAGACUACCGUCACGUCUACAACUCGAGUGGUUCGCCCGUUCAAAGUCAUCGCAAUUGUUCUCAUUGCAAUAUGCAUUGUGGUGAUGAUUUUGGUUUUAGGGAACUCGACAUGGAUCACCGCAACAGGAUUUUAUCAAGGUCUGUGGCAGGAAUGUUACAAUGGGAGCCGUGUUAUUGCAUCUACAGCCGCUCCAGCAGUAGUUGCCGCGACUCAAUCACCCUCUAAGAUUGUCUGCCAUCCAUCACCUUCAUCAGCUUGGAUUGCUGCGUGCCAAGCCAUGGUCAUUCUUGCGCUGCUCCUUACUAUCGUCAGCUUCGUCUUGGCCGUCGUCGCACUCUGCAAGGGGAAACUCUACGCCAACUUCUACAAACUUGGUGGAGUCCUGCUGUUCCUGGCAGCGGUCUUCAUGUUGGUGUCCCUCGCCGUUUUCCCAGCCAUGUCGAUCAAAGAGCCUGUGGUCAUAGGCAGAGAGAACUGGCUCCUUGCCUGGGGCUACGGCCUCGGCUGGGGAGCCUUCCUCCUCCAGGUAGCGGCCGGAAUACUCCUGCUCUUUGCGCCCGACAGACAAGAGAUUUAUUACAGCGAGAAGACGUACUACCAGUGAAAUGACAAAGUACAGCGGUGAAAGUAUAACCCCAAAUAUUUUCAUGUAUUUUUUUUUUAAAACUCUGUACUAACAGUUUCAUGCCAAUAGUUUUUAAACAAGUGUUGUGGUUUAAGCCUGGUUCAUACUUCCUGGGAAUGCGAUAUAAAAUUUUGGCGUCACAAAUUCGCAACAAAAAAUUUGCAACAGUUCUGCGAAAUAUUCCCUGCGAAAACGGCCGUGUGACUUCAGUAUUCACUUUGCAUUUGCAGGAAGUAUGAACCAGGCUUUACUUUGCUUGGAGAUUUUACAGCCAAUAGCAUUAGAAGAGUUCCGUUUCUUUUUUUGUUUUUGAUAGAAUGGUUUUAUCAUAAUUGCUGUUUAUUUUGUGAAUUUCCCGAACUUGCCAAGAGUUUAUGACAAGCUCAGCAGCUAAUGCUUUUAUGAUAUGCACUCUCUUUACACCCUUUCCACAGUUUUUCUGGGUGCUCAUUUUGGAAUUUUUACAGUGACUUGUUCUUGGUACACUAGAUGUGAUAAUUGGGGUGUUGUGGCCGAGCGGAUAAGAGCACCAAACUCAAGCUCUGCUGUUUCUGAUUAGCAGAGUGUGGGUGGGAU